AUGACGCCAGACGCUCCUAGCCUUGGUCAGAGUAUGACGGCCGCUCAGCGUGCCCUGUCAAUCCCCGAAAUCGUGGGAAUUGUCAUUUCUCACAUGCCUCGAUGCUGCCCCGGAUGGGCCCAAGACUUGCUCUCGUGCGCACUUGUGAACAAACUGUGGCUGGAUGAUUCAAUCAAACUGAUGUGGAAAUCGAUCCAUCAAGACCAUGCCUCCAUUGAGCAUGGAUUUAAUACCGCACUCGAGAGGAGAUUCUUGGAUCUUGACUCAAAUCGCCGCCAGCACUAUGCCGACUUUGUGACUUGCGCCAUGGUCACUCUUAUCGAUACAGGUCGGGAUGACGAAGACCCAUGGGAAGAAGGUGGAAAGCUGGACGGCCUCACUUUCUCAAAGAUGACAGUCCUUCACAUCAUGAUGAUAGACGCCAAUGGGAACCUUCAAGCUGGCGCAGACGGUCGUGACGAGGAGGUCCUUCUUCCUUCCCUGAAUUGUCCCAACCUUUACUGCAUGAGCUUUGCAUCGGGUGACCCUGAUGUCGUGACAAACUUCAUGUCUGCCGACGUUUGGGAGAGUAUCUUCUGGGACCUGCCGACAAAGUUUCCCAGCAUCGAGUAUCUUGAUCUUGGCGGAUAUGCCCAUGUCUUCCCAAACGCUGUUCGCCGACUGGAAAUGCGCCACCCCAAUCUGGACGGUCUGGAAGACUUGGACGUACAUGAAAUCAGUCGUUUCCACACAAAGUCUGAAGUGGAAGGCAUGCAUAGUGCACACGGUACUGACGACAUGGACGCAGAUGAGGAUGAAGAUGGGUUGAACAUCUUCAACGAAGGAAUGGGAGAGGAUGAUGAUGUGGAUAAUGGUGAGGGCGACGACCCCGAUUAUGUAGACUGA